UCUGAGAUGGCCGUACGGUGUUGAUCGUUUGUGGAUAACGCCAUAAAAAGUCGAAAUACUCGGCGAUUUCUGAAUGGGCCAUGGAGAACAAGCCUUUCAUCACAUGUGAGGGAGACCAGAACCUUUUCUCCUCGAUCCACGGCGACCUGGUACAGCGUCUGCCGCUGGAGCCGGUGGAAUGGCGGCGCUCGUACGGCCGCCCGCCGCGCAUGGUCCAGGUCGAGGCCAACUUCGUCCCCUUCACGGACGAGAUGCUGCCCAAGGAGGGGGACAUGUCGUUACUACGGCAACCGUUCUUCCACAUGUUCUGGACGGACUGUCCCGAUGUAGAUGUCUACAAAAUCCAGACAAAAGACGAGAUCACCCUCUGGCUGCAGAAGCUGCGCAUCUACAACAUCCAGGACUGGAUGAUCGUUCUGGUCGCCAAUAGCGAUGCCAAGAAGAACAAACUGUUGCCACGGACAACCGUGAUCGACAAGAUCAAGAGCGACUUUUGUAGCAAGCAGGCUGACAGAUGCCUGGUUAUCUAUGAUCCACUGAUAGAUUCUCCCAAGUCGCUGGAGUCGUGGGUUGCCCUGGUUCAGCGGCUGAAGCAGCUCCUGCUCGUGUCGUUUAACCGGAACCUUGGGCAGUUCGAGGACAACAUGCGCGCCCAGCGGGAACGCCGCACAGAGGUGGACUGGAACUUCUGUAGAUACUUCCUUGUACAGGAGGAGCUAGCAUUUGUGUUUGAGAUGUUGAAGCAGUAUGAAGACGCGCUGGUCCAGUAUGAUGAGCUGGAUGCUCUCUUCACCCAGUUUGUACUCAACAUCCAGGCUGGAGGUUUGGCCUGGCUGGGCAGCUUCAGUCGUCCCUGUACCUGCUGGGACGGGCUGUAUCUAUGGCAACCGGUGAACUACGACAAGCGAGACCUGAUCCAGGAGAACACAGCCACCCUGCUGGACCUGAGGAACUACCUGUUCUCCCGGCAGUGUGCCCUGCUGUUCUUCCUGCAGCGCCCGUGGGAGGUCGCGCAGAGGACGCUGCCGUUUGUACACAACGUCAUCAGGGAGCUGGAGAUACUGGAGUUGACCCUCCCCUCGGGUGCUGUUGCAUGCUGGGCCUUCAUGAGCUGUUUAGAGGUUCUACAGAUGAUCGAGCGCUGCAGCGACUCCUCACAGGUGGAGGCGUACUCCCCGUACACCGCCAGUAUCUGGGCAUACGCACGCGAGAAGUUACAUGAGUUAGGAGUGAUGUGUGGACUGAUGCCUGACAUGACCCCCUCGUCUGAGCAACUGCACAUGGUGGUGGAUCUACUAGCCGGCAUGGGGCAGAAACCUGAGAAAGAGAGUAUUCCCAACAGUCCAGACAAGAAGCUGCGGGAAGCGUUGUCGUCCAAAGCAGCCUUCCAGAAGCACUACCUGGAGCUGUCAGAGCUGGCCAUGGGGACGUACAAACACAUCGGCAGGAUCAGAUCUGCACGCAGGAUCGGCAAGGAUCUGGCAGCCUUCUACAUGAUGCUUGGUGAUGCCCGUAAGGCUGAGUCCUUCCUGUCAGAUGCCCUGAAGAUGUACCAGCGGGAAGGGUGGGGUCUGCUAGCAGCCAACACCUGUAAGGACCUGGCCUUCUGUCAGAAGGAACUCAACAACAUGCAGAAAUAUGCGGAGUCCUGCUCCCUGCUGGCGUCCAAUGAUCUCCUCAGCCCUGCAGACAGGACACACUUCUACAACGAACUGGUGUCCGUCUGCUCCAAGUCAUCAGCAGAUGAUUCCUCCAUCCUGCUCCACAUGGAGCCCAUGAUGACCAUCACAGACGUGUGCAUAAACAGUGAGAAGAGACGUCCCAUCCUGGGCAGCACUGUACACAUCACCCUCCACAUGCAGAGCUCCUUCUCAGAAGACAUGGUGUUUGACAAGGUGACCCUGGUUCUCCAGCGGGACGUGCGAGAGCCGUCUGUCGCAUCGCAGAGCGAGGAGAAGCCGGGGGAACACGGCGCCGACAGGCUGCUGUCGGAACCGCCGCGGUUUCACAAGCGGAGUGUGAGCGCCGGCUGUAUGUCCAGUCUGAGGGGGUGGAACGGACAGACCGCUUCUAACCAGAUCCCCAGCUACCUGAACGUGCAGGCGGAGUGCCAGGUGAAGCCGGACGGCAGUCUGAACUGGUCGGGGAUCAACUGCCCCAGCGCCAGCCAGUUCCUACGGCGACAGGACUCCUCCCACUCGCUGGUCAAAGGUCAGGAGGUGGUGAGAGAGGAGGGGGACCUGAACCUGGAGAUCGCGAACAUUCAGCUGAAACCUGGGGACAACAAAGUCUGCUUCUCCACCACAGUUGCUAGCCGAGGCCUGUUCACAGUACGACAGCUUGUUCUGAGACUCAGUUCAGCAGAGUUUGUCUCCUCCAGAAUCUGGCCUCCAGCCUCAUAUGAAGUUGCCAGUCAGAACCCCACAGUAACACUGUCACCUCUACAGGAUCUCCUGGCAGGAAUCCCUCAGCAGAUACAAGUCACAGUGUGUACAGGUGACCAUGUUCUACCCCAGGAUACAACAAUAGUGUUCUCCACAACCCCCCAACUCACCCUCAAGCCACCCCAGGACAGACAUGCACAGGUCACCAAACAGGACACAGCUGAUUCUGAACCCCCCGCUGAUCUAGAGUACCAGACAUCUGAAGAGGGAGGUGUCCUGACACUGAAGCUGCCGGCAGUGGAGGCGUACCAUCGAGUCCAGCUGACUGUCUGGGCUACAGCUGACAUCCCAGACCAGGGCAGGGCAGGACAGGAGGGAGACAGCACCAGUGUGGAACACAGGGUUUCCUUCAAAAGUCCGCUGGUGAAGGAUGAACCUGAGACAACGUUGGUUUUCCACUAUCCAUUCCUGGCCACAAACCAGCUGCACACGGCAGGGGACAGUAAGUUUGUACAUGUGGAGGUUGUUGGCCUGAGCACUGCCAAGUUUGACCUACAGGACCCUGACCUUGCCAUCAGUGACCUGCAGGACAGUGACACGGCUGUGAGUCUAACUCCACUCCAUCAGAACAGCCCAAUGGUUGUGUACAGAGACCAGACCGUGUCGUACCUGUGGCAGCUGCACCCAGAGGAGCUGCAGGGACUGCCGCAGCUCAGCUGCAGAUUCUCCAUGCAGUACUGUCUGCAGGGCUCGCAGCAGCACACUCACUACAGCUACAGCUUCACUCUUAACAACUUCAAGACCCUGUACCAGGUAGAGACAUCAGUGGAGACCCCUACAGGCAGUGAGAAGUGUCAGGCAGGAGUUCUGUGUCCUCUGAGACUCCUCAUCACCACCACAUCACCUGCUGGGGACAGACAGGACACAGACACUGUACCACUCAUGUAUGAGGUGCUGGCAGACAACACCAUGUGGGCUGUGUGUGGCAAGAGUUCAGGGGUCGUCUCCAUGCCAACCGCUGCCAUGACAACCAAGGAAGUGCUGCUGGAGGUGAUGCCUCUGAUUGGUGGAUACCUGCCCGUGCCUGUUGUCCAACUGUCUCAGUAUCAGGAGCUACCCUCCCCUGAUCACAAAGAACUCUCCCCCGACUGUGUCAAACCCUCCCCUGGCAACGAUGAACCCUCCCCAGAUGAGCUAGUCCCCAGUCAUCCCGGGCAGGUGUACUUCAAACAUGGACAGGUGUACAGCUGUAGCCAGGCGCGGCAGGUGCAUGUCCUACCUGCCAACAACGGGGGCAACCUGGUCAUCACCUUCCAAUAACAUGGUUAUUACCUUCCAAUACCUUG